AUGAACAGCGAGGUCUACCAGUCCAUGCUCGAGAUGAACUUGCUACCAUUCCUGGAAGCGGGGGAGGAGGAAGGAAUCGAGUACACCUUCCAACAAGACAAUGCGAGGCCUCACGUAUCUUCUUCAACUAAAGAAUGGUUGGCACGCAAUGGCGUGACAACCGUCCAGUGGCCAGCAGUGAGUCCAGAUCUGAACUGCAUCGAGCACUGCUGGGGCAGGAUGGCUCUAGCCGUCUAUGGAGGGGGUAGAGGCCCCUAUAGUACCAAGGAUGAACUCCGACAGGCAAUUUUUAAGGCCUGGGAUGACCUGACACCCGAAGAUAUCAGCACUCUCACUAAGUCGACUCGCAGUCGCUGUGUAGAGGCGAUUAAGUGUCAAGGUGGCCCUACGAGUGACAGGAAUGUUGAAUUACAGUCCCAAUUUAAGAUGACCUUGGUAUUAUUGGAGACCAGCCAAGCAUACGUUGGUGAAGACGAUGAGGAAUUGGAGGGAACCUCUGGAGAGGAUACAUCGUCCGACACUGACAAACAGAAGAAUGAGGGAUGA